AUGGAUUCUGAUCAGCCUGAACCGUCUGAUUCAGCAGGAAAGCUUCUUCACAGCAAGGCUGCUUCUCCCGAAAAGGCUGCUUCUCCCGUUGCUCACAACAAGGCUGCUGCUGCUUCUCUGGGCGAGUCUCAAUCUGAAGACAGUCCCGUUGAGUUUUUUGACUGCCUGCCGUCACCCAGCAGCAGCAGCAGCAGCAGCAGCUUUGAGGUCUUGACCUCCGUUCUUCCCUCCCCCUCUUUUCCUGCUCCUCAUUCGCAGCCUCCUCUUCUUGCUUCUCCGUUGCCCUACCAUCACCCAUAUCCGCCACUCGUCCUUCCACCUCCUGCUGCAGCUGCUCCUCCUGCUCCUGACCCCUGGCAAGCAGUAUACGACUUGCUCCUUCAAUUGAAGCAAGAGGCUGCAGCAGCCGCUGCAGAGGCAGCAGAAGCAGCCGAAACUGCAUCCGGACUGCAGCGCUUGGCGGUCUCUGCUGCUGGCAGGGCGGCAGCCGCCCAGGCGGAGGCUACAGCCGCCGCUGCAGAGGCUAUUGCAGCUGCAGAAGCUGCUGGGAAGGCGGUGGUUGCGUCAACUCUUGCUGCAGGGAAGGUGGAGAGAGCAGCAGCAAGAGCCGCUGCAACUCUUGCUGCGUUUGUAGUCGAAGCGGACAGAGGGGACCAAGCUGCAUACGCCAUUCUCCUCCCACUAAAGCAAGUGGCAGAAGCAGCUGCAGCAGAAGCGGCAGAAACCGCAUCUGGAUUGCAGCGGUUGGGAGCAUCUGCUGCUGGCAGGACAGCAGCCGCCCAGGCGGAGGCUACAGCCGCCGCUGCAGAGGCUGUUUCUGCUGCAGAAGCUGCUGGGAAGGCGGUGGUUGCGUCAACUCUUGCUGCAGGGAAGGCAGAGAGAGCAGCAGCAAGAGCCGCAGCAACUGUUGCUGCGUUUGUAGGCGAAGCGGACAGAGGGGACCUAGUGGACGAAGAGGCUGCAGAGGCUGUUUCUGCUGCGGAAGCUGCUGGAAAGGUGGUGGUUGAGUCGCAAAUUGCUGCAAAGAAGGCAGAGAGAGCAGCAGCGAGAGUUGCUGUGACUAUUGGUGGAAUUUUUGGCAAAGGGGACGAAGGAGAGGAUACCGGGGAGGGUGAAGAACGCAGGGAGAUUCAAAAAGACGAUUUGACUGAAGUGCCGGCCCACACUGAAGAAGGAAUAAAGGCAAAAGGAGGCCGCACAGGGAUUACAGGCAAAAGGGAGGUUGAAGAACGCUUGGAGAGUGAAGAAGACGAUUUGCCUGAAGGGCGACCUUACACCGAAAAAGGAUUGCAGACCAAAGACCCCCCUGUGGAUUCUUCUGCUUCACGGGAGGGUUUUGUCAGAGGGGGAGGUGUGGAGGAGGAGAUGAAACGAAAGAGAGAGGCAGCUACUGUCAGUACAGCCCCAGCUCCUCUUCCCCAUCUGCCCCUCUCCCCAUACACCGUCCACCAGUCACAAUCGAAUCUCUUCUCUGACACGGCUGCGUUUGCAGUCUUUCCUCCUCCUCCCGCCCGUGACACUGCAAGCAGCAGCAAGGCUCCUUCUACCCUUUCUCGCCCUGCCAGUAACACGCAUUCUGCCAGCACUCACCCGCCCUCUGAUCGUGCCGGUCGGUGUGGAGUGCUGGUGGUGCAUCAAGGGGAUAUCACCAAGUGGUUUGUCGACGGUACAAGUGAUGCCAUUGUGAGUGACUGUAAGGGCAGUGUCUGUAACCAGGUCAAUGCUGCAAACGAGUCAGUGCUUGGUGGGGGCGGGGUGGAUGGAGCCAUCCACAGGGCAGCAGGCUCAAACCUCGUGAAGCUCUGCUAUGAUCUGCCUGUGAGGAAUGGCAUUCGCUGCAAGACGGGGGAUUCUGUCACCACAGGUGCUGCCGAUCUGCCAGUGCGCUAUGUGAUCCAUGCAGUGGGGCCAAGGUACCAUUCGGAACGUGUGUCAGCUCCGCUGCUCAAGAGUGCGUACAGGAGCAUACUAAGGGAAGCCAACAAAUGCGCGAUCAAGCAUGUUGCCAUAUGUGCUAUAUCAUGCGGCAUUUUCGGCUACCCCCCUCAGAAAGGUGCUCAAGCAGCAAUCGAGGUCUUGUGCAACGAACAAUGGGGGUCCGUGCAAGAGGUGCAUUUUGUCCUAUUCGACCAGAGGAUGCUCGGCGACUGGCUGGCCGCUAUCCAUUCUGCCAAGCUGCCACAGCUGCGGCUGGAACGGCCACCACAACAACAGCCACCGUCACCCAAGGUGCUGCCGCAGCAACUACCGCAAAAGCAACAGCUAUCUGAGUCAACACAGCAGCCGUCAAAGCAGGGAGUGAAAGGGACAAGUGGGAAGAAGUCAAAACAGCAGGUGGUAGAGGAAGGAGGAGGAGCAUCAGCAGGGCCGGCCUGGAAGGUAGAGAAUAAGCUGUUGUUGCGGCAACAGAGAGCAAGUGAGUCCAGCCCACAGCAGCCAGCAAAGCAGGCUGGGAAGCAGGAGCAUGCACAGCAGGGGCCGCAACCUCAGCAGCAGCACAAGCUGCCUCCGAAACAGGUGCAGCAGCAACAGGAGGUGCGUGAGAAUCCACUGCAGCAGGUCUCACAGCAGACACGGCAGCGUGGAGAGCUGCUUGUAGAGAAAGGAUCAUCAUCCGAGGUAGCACAAAGGCCGCAGCAGCAAGAGGAGUUGACUUGGAAGCAGCAACAGGAGAUUUCUGAGAAGCUACUGCAGCAGGUCUCUCAGAAGUCACAGCAGCCAGCCCCCUCUGCUGCUGCUUAUUUCGGUUCAGAGACUGUUGGUGUUGGAAAUGCCAGUGGGGAUACUGGAAGUGGAGGGAGUUGGGAUUUGAAUGCUUGUGAGGGAAAAAGGGAAUGGCCGGAGGAGGAGCAGCAGCAACGCCAGGAGAAGAGGAAAAAAGAAGGGGAGUUGGAGCAAGGAGAAGUUGAAGAGGAGAGUGGGGAGGGAUGGAGUGAGCAGGGAGAGGAGGGCUGUGAGGAGGAAACGAAAUCUGCUCCAGAAGAGAAAUUGUCUAAACAUCAGCAGAAGAAAAAGAGGAAAGGGAACAAAGCGAAGAAAGGGAAGAAAUAG